UUCCACAUCGACAACGAUCGCCUUCUAGAACUGUUUUUCGAAAACUUCUGGCCUUCUUUUCCCAUCGUUUUGCCAUACUCUUAUCUACAAACCAGGCGUCUGAAAGAGAAUCAUGGCAUGCCAGUCUUGCUGCUCGUCUUGCAAUGGAUCGGCUCAUUCUACGCGCCCUGGGUGCCAUCGGAGCCUUAUCAUGAAGCAGCUCUCAAGGCAGUUGCUUCACCCACGCUUGAACGCACUCCAUUCAACGUCCAAUCGCUGAUGCUAUUUGCGCUCGCAGAGUUUUACUGCAAUCACAAGAGCCAGGCUCGCAAGAGGCUAGAAACAGCUGUUACCCUUGCCUUGGAACUUUCCAUGAACGAAAGGGACUUUGCCCACGCGUAUGGCGAAGGCGACCCUGUGCUGGAGGAGUCAUGGCGGAGAACCUAUUACAUGCUCUAUAUUGUGGAUCAGCACUUUGCUAUCGUCACCAACACCCCAUUCCACGCGUUACUGGCAGUGCCAAACAAUGUUGACUUGCCUUGUGAUGACGAGUACUACAAAUGUGGGCAAAUCCCUCCCGUGUCAACAUGGGCCGAGUACCAGCUCCGCGAGCUUGCAAAGAUUGAGGUAGUAUAUUCUUCAAUCACUUACUUAUAUGAUGCUGCCAUGGUUGUCGCAUUUAUCAUGAACACGUUUAUCCAUACCACUGUGAUAAACGAAGCUCUUGUUGAAAGUUGUGAUGCUAAAUUUGCUAUCUGGACGUCUUUGCUACCAUCAUGCAAGAAGGAUCCGCUUCUUAUGAACGGCGAAGUGGACGAGGUCAUGUUCAUGGCACAUAUGAUCAUCGCCAUCAUAAUGUCGACAAUUCAUCGGCCUUACUCGUCGCUAGGCUACUGUCCAGGUGAAAUGUCUACACGAGGCUUCAUAGCGCCCUCGCCCUUUACGCUCGUGCCGAAAGCUGGGCGUAAUGCACACACUGCACGCGUGUUAAAAGCCACAGAGAUUGCAACGAGGCUACUCGCAAUUCCUUGUGCUCUUGAAAGACACAAUCUAUUCACCACGUGCAUGACGGCACAGUUGGCUGCCGUACAGGUAGCUGCGUGCGUAUAUCUGCUUGACGGCCAUGCCCUUACUAUAGCCCGCGACCGUGUCAGCCUCAGUAUUGGCUUUCUGAAAACCAUGGGGUCCACUUGGCCUCUCGGAAAGAUAGUGGCAACGGAAGUUCGAACCAUUGCGCGCUUGAGUUUCUCCAAUACAAGCACCCAGCAUGUCGGAUCUAUGGGGGCAGAGCCUGUGGCUGCGGAAAUCGAAGUACCGCGCGAUGAGGUGGUAUCUCCUGUUGAUCCUUCAGCUCAGAUUGACAUCUACGCCGGUCUCACGCUUCCUGUCGAUUUGAGCCCAGCACCUUUUGGCUAUCCAAGUUAUUGG